GUCGGCUUGUGUCCCGCUUCACCCGCCCCGACGCGCCCACACACGUGACUCGGGUCACAUGACGGUGGGUCUUGAUACUACUACCUCCUGGUUCAGGCUGACUGGCUACACGGAGCGAGGCUAGCUGUUAGCUUCAACUGUCUAGACGGCUGAGAUGAGUUUCCUAGGGGGUUUGUUUGGGCCGGUAUGUGAGAUAGAUGUACUGCUGAACGAUGCAGAGAACAGGAAGACAGCCGAACUGAAGACAGAAGACGGGAAGGUGGAGAAACACUACCUGUUCUAUGAUGGAGAAUCUGUGUCUGGCAAGGUGAGUCUAAAUGUGAAGCAGGGAGGAAAGCGACUGGAGCAUCAGGGCAUCCGCAUCGAGUUUGUUGGACAGAUAGAGCUCUUCUCUGAUAAGAGCAACACCCAUGAGUUUGUGGACUUGGUGAAAGAGUUGGCCCUGCCUGGAGAACUCACCCAGAACAGGAGUUACGACUUCGAGUUUAUGCAGGUGGAGAAGCCGUACGAGUCUUACACUGGAGCGAAUGUCAGGCUAAGGUAUUUCCUCAGGGUGACAAUAGUUCGUCGUCUGUCUGACUUGGUGAAGGAAUACGAGCUGAUUGUCCACCAGUUAGCCACCUACCCAGAUGUCAACAACUCAAUCAAAAUGGAGGUUGGCAUAGAAGACUGCCUGCACAUUGAGUUUGAAUACAAUAAAUCCAAAUACCACCUUAAGGACGUGAUUGUUGGGAAGAUCUACUUCCUGCUGGUCAGGAUCAAAAUCCAACACAUGGAGCUACAGCUCAUCAAGAAGGAGAUAACAGGCAUAGGACCCAGUACGACCACAGAGACAGAGACGGUUGCAAAGUAUGAGAUCAUGGAUGGAGCUCCAGUUAAAGGAGAGUCAAUCCCCAUUAGACUGUUCCUGGCAGGAUAUGACCUGACGCCCACCAUGAGGGAUGUCAACAAGAAGUUCUCAGUACGCUACUUCCUUAAUCUGGUGCUGGUGGAUGAAGAGGACAGAAGAUAUUUUAAACAACAGGAGAUUGUUUUGUGGAGAAAAGCUCCAGAGAAGCUGAGGAAAAGAAACUUCCACCAGCGUUACGAGUCGCCUGAGCCCCGAGCGCAGCCAGUCAGUGCAGAGCAGCCAGAGAUGUGAGGCCGCUUCUACGAACUGAAAAGGCACACAGAUACACCCCAACUCUUCACUGCUGAACAGCCAGAGGUGUGAGGGCUGCCCCACCAUCUCCCUGGACUGAGAAAUAUCUACAUACAUGAACACACAUAACCCUCAGAGACCCCGCACCCUCACCAUUUCACAGCCUUAAGAUGUGAGCUGUCUGACCACCAUCACUCUCUCCCCCAGGACUGAAACACAGUCUCAUACAGACGCACAAGCAUUUAAUCCAAGUAGGCUGAAGGCUAAAUGCUAAGGCAAGAAUGCAAAUCAAAUUGACCCAAAUAAGGAAGAGUGAGGCAGCCUAUUUGAUUUUAGCAUCUCACACUGAAAACACACACAUGCACACACAAGUGAAGCCAUACAGUGUCAGUUCACUGAAUGCAUAGUAAAACAGGAGCAAAGACGGAAUAAGAGGAGUUGGCUAAAGAUGUCCACCACACAAUUUAUCCCUUUUUUCUACAACAGGAGUGUCUUGUGUUCGUGUAUUUGGACAGCACUGGACUCUCUAAGGCAUCCAUCCCCACACCCCAUUUAAAAAGAUGCUCUACACUUUGGUGAUUCAGAGUAUUCAAAUCAUGUAGGAAUCAGCCUGAACGAAGGACACGAGAGACUAAGCUACGAGUCAACACAUGCACUUCGUGUUUAUUCAGUAUUCCUGAGUCUGAGCUAACAGUCCACAGCCUGCUCAUCAUGUGCAAAUAUCUGUUUAAUUAAGAAUUUAGUGCAAAAACGUAAAUGCCCAUCUUAAAACAAAUUUAAUCUUAUAUUUAAUCGAAAUGAAAACGGUUACAUGUUUCUAAUUCCAGUCCUCUUCUUAUUUCAUACAAUAACUUUUUCUGAUUCAAGAUGGACAUUAUCAUUUCAGCGUCAUUUAUUUCAUGGAAUGAAUUAACUAAAAAUCUUUUAGAGCCGCAGCUAAUAAUGAUUGUCAUUGUGAAGGCGUCUGCAUGUUCUAAGUUAACUGAUUAAUGGCGUAGUCUGUGAAAAGUCCAAAAAUUUAAUUGAAUGUCUCCAUCAGUUUGCCAUCUACAUGUUUUAUGUUGUCUGAUCUUAAAAGUACUGUUUAUUACGACUUACCUGUGAGAUAAGACGCCUUUUUUGUUUGUUUGUCUCUCAGACUUAUUUAAGAGUCACUUCAUCCAAAUUUCGAAAAACAAACAAACAAACGAGAAAAAGAAGAACAAUUAGGUCAAAUAUGUGCAUCAUCGUAAGUUAAAUUUCAGCACUAUGAGUACCACAAAUGGAAUUAAACUUACUUCCGUUAUUGGGGUUGGGGUUGGAUACAUUAAAUCUGUAUCGCUAAUUAUAAAAGAUGUUUAUUUGUCAACAUCCUUUUAAGUUCCUGCAUUAGGACUAAUGUCCAGAGGCUCUCACUUCAGUUGUUGUGAGAAGGAGAAGCUUUAUGUUGAACUUGAAAAUGAACUUUCUGUCAUCACUACAUGAAUAGCAGUUUCCAUUUAUAAUUUUAAAAAAAUGAAUGAAUAGAAAAAUGAAUUGACACUAUCCUUCAUCAUCACACUGUAGUUUCACUGUUUUUGUCAGUUUACUUUCAUAGGGUGCAGCUUUUUUUUGGGCCUGUCCUGUUCUGCAUCAGCAUUAUACUAUGUUAAUAAAAGGUUCAUGUCUGCUACUGUAAGCACUGGGAGAAAUGCAGUAUCAAUACACUGUAAAAUCCAACAGUGCACCACUGUGAUGCUCAGACUGGCUGUUUAGCUCCUGCUUUAAAGACACACACACACACACACACACACACACACACACACAUAGACAGUUUGGUGAUGUUACUGUUUUAGUGUGGAGGUUGAAUUAUGCUUAAGAUCUGAUCUGUGGCCAGUUAUGCACUUUCCCCUGCAAUGCUAAACUUUGUUUAAAAGCUGAAACUAAACAUCACUUAAGGAUAACUUGACCUCAGAGAUCUCCUGUGUCUGUAGUGGAAACAAUACUAUCCUACAUAUAUCACUACAUGUUUUACUCAGUAUAGUAUUUUGUUGUUUUAUGUGUCUUUCAUGCUGUUACAUGUUUCAUUUCAUAAGCCUCUGAACACUCGCAUCUACAGCUCAGAUGUAUUUCUUCGUUCAUGCUAAUUUUGACUUUACAGUGUGGAUUUCUUUUGUUUGGGAGCUAUGUAAUUUAUUUGCAACUAACGGUUUCUUUCGGACUGUCUGCCGAACAUGUGUUCUCUCUUAAAUUCUUUAAUGCCAAAACUCUCUGCUCCUGUCUUAUCUACUGUAUGUUAAUCUUUACACAAUGUCUAAUCAUGUAAUCAUGCCAUAGACGUGUGUGUGUGUGUGUGUGUGUGUGUGUGUGUGUGUGUGAUAAUAUGUGUAUAUACUCCAAACCCAAAUAUAUAGCUAAAAAUGAAUCAAAUCGUGAAUAAAGCAAAUUUAUACUGAAAA